AUGGACAUUAUAAAGUGUUUCAUCUCAGAGUGUAUUUUAAAACCUCAAGGAUUUUGUGAUUGCUUGGGCUAUCCAGUGUUAUUUUGUGAAACCCAUUGCUAUAAUCAUCUUCAAAAUAUUAAAGAAAGGCCCCACGAACUUCAAGAUCUUUGGCACCUUCCGUACGAAAGUACCAGAAAAGUAAUAAUAGAUGAGGCAAAUCAAUUAAAAAGAAGUAUCAAGGAUAGCAGAAAAUAUUUAAUUUCAGAAUUUAAUAAAAUACUUCACUUAUUGGUUGGCUAUAAAAAUCUAUCAUUUUCUAUCUUGAAUAAUCUUGAGAAAAAGGCUAAUGAAUUUAUUAAAGCAGCUUCAUAUAUAAAAGAAGUCCCAACUUAUCCCAAAGUAAAAGACUAUCAGCUUCUUUUAAGAUUAAAGCUUAUUGAAGCAAAAUAUAGAGCAAGAACUUGGAGGAUAUCCAGCGAUUGAAUUAAGACGAAAAAGAUAUUACUUUCUAUUAAAAAAUCAUUUGAAUUGUUUAGAAUUAAUCCAUUUAAAGAAAUUUGCCAUCUCUAUACUUAUUCUGAUAGCAUUUUUUAUUUUUAUGGUUAUUCAAAAGAGCUUAAAGAGUUUAAUUUUAUUAGCAAGCAGCGCAAAGUAUAUAAUCUUGAUUUAAGGGAAAACAUAUGAAAUAAUAUAUCUGUGUGCCCUCUUCCUAAUGAUAGAAUAUUCUGUUAUGGAAAUCGCGCUAAUAAUUCGAUCACAGGCCUUACGUUUAUUAUUGAAAAAGAUAAAACUAUAAGCAUGCUACCAGAAGGAAAAGCCAGUUGUGAUUCAGGCUCAAUACUAUAUAAUAAUCAUAUUUAUUCUUUUGGAGGAGUUUUAGGAGUUUCAGUAAAAUUUUGUUUGAACAAAAAUACUUGGAAAUCAUGCUGUCAACUCCCAAAAGGGAAUUAUAAAUAG